AUGAACUUCUACAGGAUCUUUGUCUUUAUCAUGCUCAUGCUGGCCAUCAGCUUUGGGCCAUGUGAAGCCGGUAAGCAGAGGAAACCGGACAGGAAAUAUGAGCGCAUUGGCCAGAUGACGCGAGAUGCCGUUGAAGGAGUUUUGCUUGCACAAGGAGCCACCGGCAGCGGAUGA